UUAAGCAAACAAACAAAAAAAGUUACCAAAAACCUCUUUGGGCUUCUUUCAGUUUGUAUGAUAAACCCUAACCCACCGGAGGAUCAUACACAUACCUAUACCUAUAUAUACACAACCGUUUUCUUUCAUCAUCUAGCAACAGAAUAAAAAAAAACUCUCAAAUCCAGAUCUGAGUAGUGAAAACAACAAGAAGAAGAAGCAUGGACCAAGUUGAUUUUGAAAGAAUGAUGAUAUUCGAACAUGCUCGUGUUAACGCCGAAGCUGAAUACCUCAAGAACCCUGACGACGCUGACAAUUUGACAAAAUGGGGCGGGGCUCUUCUGGAAUUGUCUCAGUUCGGGAAUAUUAAUGAAUCAAAGAAGAUGCUUAAAGAUGCUGUGUCAAAAUUGGAAGAGGCAUUAGCUAUCAAUCCUGCAAAACAUGAGGCGCUGUGGUGCCUAGGGAGUGUCCUCACUGCCAAUGGAUUUUUAAUCUCUGAGCACGAAGAGGCUAGGAUUCUGUUUGACCAGGCACUUGAUUAUUUCGAAAAGGCUGUAGAACUGUGUCCAGAGAAUGAGCAUUAUCUCCAAGCUUUGGCAUCUUGUGCUAAGGCCGCGGAGGUUCACAAGGAAAUCCACAGACAGGGAGGACUUGCUCAAGCUCAACAAACAUUGGGUGGAGGAUCUGCUACGUCUUCAAGCGCUAAGGGAUCUGCCAAGAACAAGAGGAGUGAUCUAAUGUAUGAUAUAUUUGGAUGGGUAAUUCUUGCUGCUGGGCUGGUUACAUGGCUCAGGAUGGCCAAGUUGCCUCCACCACCACCAAUGUGAGGAUGUUGCUUCUUUUUUAGUAAGUUAAGCUCAUUUUAUUAUAAGACGAUGCAAAUGUUCACUACAUAUUUAUGGUUUAGACAUGCACCAACUAGGCGUCUCAUGUGAGCUUAUGAGUUCAUUAUUCUAUCUAUUAAAUGUCCAUUCGAAUGUGCACUAUCGUGAAUAGCGAAUCGCAUCUGCUAUUUUGCAAAUUUUGACCUAUAACUCUUUAUAAAUGUAUUUUUGUUUGUGAUUUUUA